CAUCCUGACGUCCACCUCAACUUGCUCCUCCCGUGAAAAAGAAGGCCAUACCUGACGGGGAUGGUUUCCGUCGAUUGCGACGACCAAGUUUGAAAAAACAAAGAUAAUUGCAAAAGACAGUGAAGAAGUAAGAGAGGAUAAGAGGGGAUGAAGGGAUGAUGUCACAACGACAUCGUCUGUCCAAUAAGGGGACAAUGUUCAUGUCGACCCCGAUGUCCAUCCCUUUGUUCCACAUAACAUGGAUUAUGGAUAAAAAGUUUUGGUAGAACUGGUUGUACUUAUCUCCGGGAACAAUUGGGAAAUUCGUUAUAGCUUCGCUGACCUUUUCCAGCUUUCAUCUCAUUCAUUUUCAACCAGGAUCAUCGCUGGGAAAGUCUCUCCACCGGUGACUGGAAUUUCAAAUUUGGAUCGGAUAAGCUUCAGUUCUUGCUCUGGGUUGACUGUUUAGUAAUGGAGAGUUUAGCACAAUUAGAGACAUUGUGCGAGAGGCUGUACACUUCCCAGGACUCGUCUGAACGAGCGCAUGUUGAGAAUACUCUUAAAUGCUUUUCUGAGAAUAUAGAUUACAUUUCACAAUGCCAGUUUAUUCUGGACAAUGCAUCGUCUCCUUAUGCAUUGAUGCUGGCUAGUUCAAGCCUCUUGAAGCAAGUCAAUGAAAAUAAUCUCUCGUUGCAGUUCCGCCUUGACCUCUGGAACUAUCUCAUAAACUAUCUGGCAAACAAAGGCCCUGAAUUGCAGCCUUUUGUGAUUGGAUCUCUCAUUCAACUCUUAUGCCGAAUUACCAAGCUUGGGUGGUUUGGUAAAGAUAGAUUUAGAGAACUUGUUACUGAAUCAAUUAAGUUUAUGACCCAGGCAACAUCCGAUCAUUAUGCUAUUGGCCUAAAGAUCUUGAAUCAGCUUGUUUGUGAGAUGAAUCAGCAAAAUCAAGGGGUAACUUCAACCCAUCAUCAUAGGGUGGCCGGCUCCUUCCGGGAUCAGUCUCUGUUACAAGUUUUUCGGAUAUCUUUAACUUCAUUGCACCAGCUAAAAAAUGAUGCCAUCAACCGAUUGCAGGAAUUGGCAGUAUCUCUUUCACUGAAGUGUUUAGCUUAUGAUUUUAUUGGAACGUCUAUUGAUGAAAGUUCUGACGAGUUUGGGUGUCUCCAGAUACAAGUUUCAUCUUCAUGGAAAUCAGUUUUAGAGGAACCUUCAACUCUGCAGAUCUUUUUCGAUUACUAUGCUCUUGCAAAGGCAUCUGUUUCCAAGGAGGCAUUGGAGUGUUUGGUGCGCCUGGCUUCUGUAAGACGCUCUGUUUUCACAAAUGAUGCGGCACGCACAAAUUUUUUGGCUCAUCUCAUGACAGGAUCCAAAGAGAUUUUACGAACUGGCCUAGGUCUAAGUGAUCACGAGAAUUACAAUGAAUUUUGUCGUCUUCUUGGACGCUUCCGAAUAAGCUAUCAGCUAUCAGAGCUAGUCAAUGUGGAAGGAUAUGGUGAAUGGAUACACUUUGUGGCUGAAUUCACAUUCAAGUCAUUACACUCUUGGCAGUGGGCUAGCAGCAGUGUCUAUUACCUUUUGAGUAUGUGGUCUAAAUUGGCAGCUUCAGCACCAUACCUGAAGGGAAAUGCACCAAGCUUGCUUGAUGAAUUUGUUCCAAAAAUUGUUGAAGGAUUUAUUACUUCAAGAUUUGAUUCUGUGGAGGCUGCUCUUCCUGAUGGUCCUUCAGAAAACCUGUUGGAGAACACUGAGCUUCUUCAUGACCAACUCGAUUGCUUUCCACAACUUUGUAGAUUUCAGUAUGAAAGAUGCAGCCUAUUUAUAAUAAAUAUUGUGGAGCCCAUACUGCAGGCAUACUCGGAAAGAUCUCGACUUCAGACCGGCUGCAGUAACAUUGAGCUGUCCGUUACUGAAGACAAACUUGCUUGGGCUGUUAAUAUUAUUGCUGCUAUUGUGAAGAUAAGACAGUGCACCAGUUGCAGUGCCGCUGUCCAAGAAGUAAUUGAUGCAGAACUCUCAGCCCGUGUUUUACGUCUAGUGAAUGUGACAGAUAGUGGGUUACAUAGUCAGAGAUAUGGUGAAGCAAGCAAGCAAAGGCUUGAUAAGGCAAUUCUCAUCUUUUUUCAGAACUUCAGAAACUCUUAUGUGGGUGAUCAGGCUAUACAUUCUUCAAAGUUGUAUGCCCGAUUGUCUGAACUUCUUGGACUGCAUGAUCAUCUUUUGUUAUUAGAUUUCUGUAUCCAAAAAGUUGCAACGAACCUCAGGUGUUAUACUGAGAGUGAGGAGCUUAUUGAUCAUACUUUGAACCUCUUUCAAGAGUUAGCAUCUGGUUACAUGACCCAAAAGUUACUUCUCCAAUUGGAUACCGUCAAGUUUAUAAUUGCACACCAUACGAAAGAACAUUUCCCAUUCCUAGAAAAGCAUGCAUGCUCUCGCAGUAGAACAACAUUUUACCACAUUAUAGGAUGGCUAAUCUUUGUAGAGGGUAGUUCUAUGAAAUUCAAAAUAACAAUGGAUCCUCUUCUCCAGGUUUUCCUUACUUUGGAGUCAGUGCAGGACACAAUGUUUCGUACCGAUACAGUGAAGUACGCUUUGAUUGGACUUAUGCGGGACAUUCGUGGGAUUGCUAUGGCUACUUAUAAUCAUAGGGCUUACAGUCUACUUUUUGACUGGAUAUAUCCUGCACGCAUGCCUGUUCUAUUAAAGGGAAUCUCACAAUGGGCUGAUACUCCAGAGGUCACUACACCACUGUUGAAGUUUUUAGCUGAGUUCGUGUUAAACAAAGCUCAACGAUUAACUUUUGACUCUUCUUCCCCAAAAGGCAUACUUCUUUUUAGGGAAGUUAGCAAAUUGCUUGUUGCAUAUGGAUCAAGAAUCUUGUCAAUUCCAAAUCCUUCCGAUAUGUAUGCCUAUAAAUACAAGGGAAUAUUGAUUUCUUUAACUAUUCUUUCACGAGCUCUUGCUGGGAAUUAUGUAAACUUUGGUGUGUUUGAACUCUACGGAGAUAGAGCACUUGCAGACGCACUGGACAUCACCCUGAAGAUGACACUGUCAGUUCCAUUGGCUGAUAUUUUUGCAUACACAAAGCUCACAAGGGCGUACUUUUCCUUUUUGGAAGUUCUUUUCAACAGGAAUAUUGCUUUUGUACUUAGCCUUGAUACAAAAACGUUUGUGCACAUUGUUGGUUUGUUGGAAUCUGGUUUAAAAGCACUGGAUGCUCGUGUACCCACUCAGUGUGCAUCUGCAUUCGACAAUCUAGCUUCAUUCUACUUCAACAACAUCACAAUGGAGGAAGCACCCACUUCACCUGCUGCUGUUAGUCUUGCUAGACAUGUAGCAGAGUCUCCCAAUUUAUUUCCUCAAAUUCUAAAAACGUUCUUCGAGAUUUAUCUUUUUGAAGACAAUGGCAACCAAUUGAAUUUUAGCAAACCAAUGCUAGGAUUGGUGCUUAUCUGUCAACAGAUAUUCAGUGAUAUAAAAGCUCAAGUUCUAGCUUCUCAGCCAGUUUAUCAGCACGAGCACCUCUCUUUAUGUUUCGACAAGUUAAUGAUGAAUGUCACGAAUUGCUUGGAUACAAAAAAUCGUGACAAAUUCACCCAGAAUUUGACAAUAUUCAGGCAGGAGUUUCGGGCUAAAUAGGCUUCCCCGUUUUUUCAUAGCUAGUUAAUGUUACUUGUUUUUUUGGGGGGAGGAAGUGAAUUAUUUGAACCUCUUUCCUUGAUGGGUUUUAUAU